AAAAGAGGUGAGCAGACUUUUGCAGACUAUCUGUAAUCUCUGUUCAUUCCCUCCACUGAACCACUGAGCAGAGAGACGUCACCUUGAGCCAUGCGAUUCAACGUGUUGUUUUUCCUCGUGCUUCUCGGGGUCCUCUACAUCAGCCUAGCACAAGGCUUGUAUGAGGACUGUUGCCUAAACUAUUCAAAGGAGAUUAAAUCGUCCAUCAAGAAAAGAGUGUGUGGUUACAGAAGACAGGAGCAGGAUGGAGGAUGCAAUCUUCCUGCGAUAGUGUUCAAGCUGAAGGGAGGUCGGCAGUUCUGCACCAGACCAGGGGACAAAUGGGUGCAGGAACUCAUAAAACAGACUGACAAAAUACAGCAGAAGAACAAAAAACUAAAGAAAAUAUGCGGAAAUCACUAGCAGUGAUGACCUAAGUGCUUUAAGAAGACUUCUUUGUCCAGUUUGUGAUCCAAGCAUUGUGGUUCCACCAACUAUCUUAGAUAAGCUUUGGUGUGCUGGCAUCUCAGCAUCCAUUUCCGCCAAGACACAAUGUUUUUUCAGAACUUCCUGUAUGUUGCUGCUAUCACCAUCCUAUUCCUUAAUUUUUCCCCCAUUGCCUAUGGCUCAGUGCACAGGUCCAGCCAUGCAUGUGCAAGCAAGAAGGAUUUACAGCCUAGUUACUGAUAAAAAAAAAAAAAAAAAAAAGUAUCUAUAAAUGCUUUUAUGGCUAAAGCUUUCACAACAGUUAUGAUGAUGUGGGUGGUACACUUUUGGAGUCUAACCAAAUAUUGCCAUUUCCUUAUGAGGUUAUUGUGUGUCUUACUUAAAAGUAACCUGUUUGAAUGUGUGUAUUGAGUGUUCUGCGAUGUGUAAAUAAUCAGUGUACUUCUAUUUGUUUCAUACAAUAUAAUUACUUUGACUAUAUAUGAUCAGCUAUGUAUUAUUUUACAAUGUGUAUCAUUUUCAGAGAUUAUCUAUGUGAACUAGCUACUUCAAGAAAAUAAAGUGCUUCAGUCAUUACUUUGUACGGUUACUUUAGCUUAGAGAGAUUAUGAAAGCAAUAUGAUUAUCACCUUUAUUACUUUUGAUACUUUCACUCUUAACUUUUUUUUUUAUUGCAACAAUAAUGCUUUAAAUGUUUGAUUAUUGCUGAGUCACUUUGAAUUUGCUAGUAAAGAAUCGUAUUCAUAUUUUAUUAUUGCUACUCAAUAAUUGGGAUCAUAUUACUAUCAGCGUGUGACUAUGUUUUGCUGGCAAUUUUUAUGGGUGGUUAAAGAAAUACAUCUUAGACAUGUUAGUUUUUUAGCUGCCUUUUUCUGCAGCAUUCCUGAAAAAUUGUGGUAUUUUGUAUUAUGUGAUUUAAACAUGACAUUUAAUGUGAUUAAAUAAACAGUUUAAAUGUGCAA